AUGCGCCUUACAUUGGCUGAUGCUGGUGAUUCGAUCGAAGAUGCUAAUUUUGAUGAAAAGAAUGCUGAUGCACAACUUCGUCGUCUUUAUACAUUUGUUGAUUGGGCCAAACAAAUUCUUAAUGUUUCGAAUACAGGUCUUAAUAACAAUUCUGAAAAUACAACGAUUAAUUCGAAACAACAACUAAUCUAUCAAACAAAUGAAAAUGAACCGAUGAAUUAUUUUGAUCGUAUUUUCGAAGCUGAAAUCAAUCGUGCCAUUUUACUUACAGAAGAUGCUUACGAAAAUAUGUUGUACAAAGAAGUGUUGAAAAGUGGUUUUUUUCAACUUCAAAUAGCUCGAGACAAUUAUCGAGAACUUUGUUCAGGAUGUGAAAAAAUGAGUUUUCCAUUACUCAAACGUUUCAUUGAAAUACAAACACUACUCUUAGCUCCAAUUUGUCCACAUAUUUGUGAUUAUGUUUAUCAAUUGUUACAUCCAAAUCAGUCAAUUAUGAAAGCUCAUUGGCCAACAGCUGGCCAAGUUGAUCAAUCAUUGAUCGAUUCGUGUAAUUAUCUUUUGGAUACUGUACAUGAUUUUCGUAAACGUCUCGAUAGAUUCAUAUCAGUACAACAGGGUAAAAAAUCUAAAUCACAACAACAACAUGAAAUGAUCAAAAAUCAACCAAAUCAUGCGACAAUUCUUGUUGCUCGUGCUCAUUCUUCAUGGCAAACAUUUAUUCUCAAUGAACUCAAACAAAUUUUUCUAGAAAAAAAUUCAUUUCCAGAUAAUAAGAUUCUAUUGAUGCAUUUCAAAGAUCGACCAGAAAUUGGUACAAAAUAUUUCGAAAAAACAAUGCCUUUUGUUUCUUAUUGUCAACAAUUAGUCAAGAAUGCAAAUUAUAAUAUUAACGUAUUAAAUCAACAUUUGACAUUUGAUGAAUAUGAAACUCUUGUCUAUAAUCAAGAAUAUAUAAAACGAUCAUUGAAACUCGAUCAACUCGAUAUCAAAUCGAUAGGUGAUGAAAAUAUUAAAGAAACAAUGAUGAAUACUACCAAUCUAGAAGAUGUUGUACCGGGUGUCGUUGAUCUUGAUCUUUCAUUACUUUGUAUUAGUCAAUUUACAUUACAUGUUGUUACAGCUCGUGGAGCACGACCUGAUUUUCAUCUUUCAAUGUCGGCCGAACAAUCGAAACAAAUGUACGAACAAUUAGUUAACAAAUUAAAACAAGAUUACAAAGAAGACCGAAUUUAUGAUGGACGUUUUGGGGCCUACAUGACAGUUGGAAUAGAAAAUGACGGACCAGUGACAAUCAUGGUGGAUAGUAAAGCAAGAAAGCCGACACAACCAAAUGGCAUUGGAUAUGGUGCUGCAGCAGCUGUUGCGUUCAAUGUUGAAUAA